AUGCAUACCCCAAUUGAUGAAGCGCUGCUGAAGCCCCUCCUUGAAUUUCAAAGAGCGAAGCUGAAGUUUGAGGCAGAAUUGCAGCAGGAAGCAGAAAAUGGGGAUUUCACCUACAGCAUUGUGAGGCCGACGGCUUUCUUCAUGAGUUUAGGUGGGCAGGUUGAGUUGGUAAAGGAUGGGAAGCCAUAUGUAAUGUUCGGAGAUGGCAAACUAUGCACCUGUAAACCCAUCAGCGAAGAGGAUUUGGCCUCUUUCAUUGCUGACUGCAUCUCUUGUGAAGAUAAAAUUAACAAGAUUCUCCCAAUUGGUGGACCAGGAAAGGCAUUAACACCACUUGAGCAGGGAGAAUUGUUGUUCAAACUUUUGGGCAAGGAACCCAAGUUUCUGAAAGUUCCAAUAGGAAUGAUGGACUUUGUAAUCGGCAUUCUUGAUUUUUUGGUUAAAUUCUUCUUUUCUCUGGGAGAUGCUGCAGAAUUUAGAAAAAUUGGAAGGUAUUAUGCUGCAGAAAGUAUGUUGGUGCUUAACCCAGAAGAUGAAUGA